AUGAACUCUCCAAAGAAAGUGCGUAAAAAUAAUGAACAACCUUCCACCAGUGUUGAGUCUUUUCGGGAACCAGAGGGAAUGGUUUCUAUCGAACUAAAUGCUACAAAAAACCAAUUUGACAAUAAAGAGACUAACAUCUUCAGAACACCGAUGGACAUUCAAGGAAUUCAAGAAAUUAAGACAACAAAUUAUCCUCCAUUUCAGCGAAAAACUGAUAUCAAAAUUAAAGAGAUUAGAAAUUGCUAUUUAACCAAGCCGCUAAAACUAUGCUGCUUGCUUUUCGAAAAAGAAAACGCUAUAUUUUCUAAAUUUUGUAGCGACCACAAAAAGUUUUCGUCUGCCUCGCACGCUAAUUUAAGAGGUCGUAGAGAUUUACCAAAAAAAUCGAAAUCAGUUGUGUCUGCUAAACAGCACGCCGACUAUCAACUGGUUCCUUAUUUCCAACCACUAGAUCCGUAUAACUAUAUGUAUUAUGAUGAUAACUUUGAAGACCACGAAGACUAUGAAACUCCUUUUGGGGAGUAUGUUUAUUAUGCAGAUUAUCCAAUAUUUUUAAAUCACGAUAAAAAACAAAGCGGUCAGAGAGACUAUGAUAAUCACGCAGCUGGUGCACAUGUAAAUCAUGUUAAAAAAGUAUUAGAACCAAAUUAUAAUUUUGAGAAAAGCUUCAGAAAUGAUAAUAAAAAUUUAAAAACAGUUCAUGGACCUGUACUUACAGAUAAAUCUUCAUUAAAAGAACUAAGUUCGUCUUCUGGCCCAAAACAGUCUAUGCACGAAAAUAUAGUCCAAACCAAAGAAAAAAUAAAGGAUUCAGAUGAUAUUAAUAAAAAAAUAAUAAAUAAAAACUUACAAAAUUAUAACCAUAAUUUAGAUAAUGAACAUAAAAUUAAAGUUGAUACGCAAGCAGAAAAUUUAAAUAAGGCGGUAAUCGACCAAGGCAAAUUACAAACAGAUGGUGGCAAGCUUAUCAGGCUCAAUGAGAUCAAUGCCAAGAAUAGUGAAGACAAACCAGAUAAAAUUGAUAUACCUAUUAAGCUUGCCGAUGAUGAAGACGACGACAAAAGCAUCCAAAAAAGUGCAGAAGAACUUUUCGAGGACAAACGUAUAGCAAUGGGCAGGAUCAACAAUGGUGCAGAAAUUAUACAAAGAUCUUCAAUUAAUUCAGUUUCUACAAAAGAUGCAAAAGAUACCAAUCAUGAUCCUAGAAACCGAGAUAAAGGUGAAAUUCCUAUAGCAACCAUAGAAAUGCAAUCAAAUGGCCAGACAAUGUUCAACCCGUGUUUUAAUCAAGUUUCACAAGUUCCUACGUCGUACAAAUUAGUUCCAGCAGACGGAAAUAGCCUCUUUAAAAUUGUACCUUCAUCCUCACCCAAGUUUUCUCCAUAUGCUGUCAAUCCCCAGGUGUACCCUUACAUGCAAUCACCUUACAUAAUUCCUCAACAAGUAAUACCUAUGAACACCAUGAACCAACAAAUGCAGAACACUCCACUCCACGUCAACGGACCAGGUGGACAAUUUUAUGUUUGCAAUCCUAUUGCUGCUCCAAACAAUAACAACAACGGUGUGGCUAAUAAUAUAGUUAAUAUGCCAGGGGUAGAAGUAAGAAGAGAUGCAAGUAAUUUGCAGGAUUUACUGGGAUCGUUGCCUAAACCCGAAAAACCUAAGAACAAUGGUAGAGCUUCCCAAAUAAUAUGUCCUGUCGGCUAUGAGGCAUGUUCGGAUGAUAGUAAAUGUGUUCCCAAACAUCAGUUUUGCGAUAACGAAGCCCACUGUAGUGACGGCAGCGACGAAAUGUUUUGCAGUUGCAAAGAAAGGGUUGGAAAAUUAAGAACAUGCGAUGGAUACUUUGACUGUCCAAAUGGAGAAGAUGAACUUGGAUGUUUUGGCUGUGGUAAAGAUGAGUUUAGUUGUGACGAUUGGUCCAAAUUCAGAAAGAGUACGUGUAUACUAAUAGAACAACGUUGCGACGGUAUCACGCAGUGCGAAAUAACUGGAAAAGACGAGGAAGACUGCACUGCGCUUACUGACCAUAUUGGAAAGCAACCGUUUAACAAAAUUUCAAAUUCGAUCGGAUUUCUUCACAGGAAUUUUAAAGGAAAGUGGUUUCCUACGUGUUUGGGUUCUGAUAUAUGGGCUAUGGAUGUCUGUAAAGUUGAAGCUGGACCGGUGUCUGUGUUUCCCAAAACACACAUGGUCGUUACUACAAAUAGCUACGAUGGCGAUUUCAUUAACGUUCUUCCCAACAAUGAAGUGAGUUUCGUUAAGAACUGCGUCCAAGAUAGAGCUGCUUUUGUGGAAUGUCCAGCAUUAUUCUGCGGCAUGAGGAUGAAUAUUAAAAAUCCUUACAGACCCCACGAGGUAGAUAUCAGCGCAGAAAACAUGAUAAAUGAUUUAGAAAGGAUCGCCAAUAAGCACAACGGGCAACAUUUCGAUGCAAAACUGUUCCAUUCGCUGCAUCAAAAAGAGAGCGAUCAGAAGCAUGAAGACAAAGAUCCUAUUUUAGGAGAUGGUAGAGUUGUUGGUGGUGAUCCUAGCCAACCAGCUGCUUGGCCUUGGUUGGUAUCAAUAUAUAGGAACGGCAUUUUCCAUUGUGGAGGCGUUCUAAUACAUGAAUCGUGGAUAGUCACAGCAGCACAUUGUACCGACAGAUAUUGGCAAUUCUACUUCGAAAUCCAAGCAGGAACACUACGAAGAUUCUCAUUUGCUCCAAUGGAACAGCACAGAUGGGCGACCGUUGUUAUCAGUAAUGAAAACUACGACAGAGGGACCCUUAAAAACGAUAUAGCUCUCAUGAAACUUUCGGCGCCAGUAAGAUUCAACAGAUAUGUUCGACCAUUAUGUUUACCAUCAGAGUUAACGGCCGGGCGAGACUUUACUUCUGGACCAUCACCUGGUACAAUUUGCACUACAGUCGGAUGGGGUGCUACAAUAGAACAUGGAGCUGACCCUGACCAUGUGCGAGAAGUGGAAGUUCCGAUUCUGAAUCUUUGUAAACAUCGGGACGACCGGGAAGGCGAUGAAAUAUGCGCCGGAUUAUCAGAAGGUGGUAAAGACGCUUGCCAGGGCGAUAGCGGUGGUCCGUUGAUGUGUAGAAAUCCCAAUAAUCCCAACCAGUGGUAUUUAGCCGGGAUUGUUAGUCAUGGAGAAGGAUGUGCUCGGCCCGAUGAACCGGGAGUUUAUACGAAAGUUGGGAAGUAUGUCGGAUGGAUAGCGGAAAAUAUGGGAGAUGAAAAAUUUAUUCCAAGAUUCCCAUUACAACAUUGUCCAGGUUACAUAUGUAGGUCUUCCAAUAAAUGCUUGCCCAAAAAACAUCACUGCGACAAAAUUGUAGAUUGUCUCUUUGGAGAUGAUGAGACCGAGUGCGUGACCUCAUUCCAAAACUUGUUUAAGAAUGCCAGAAACAGCGAGGAUAACAGUGUUCAUACAAUUGAAGAUGAUUUACUAGCUGACAUUAUUGUGGUAUCGGACAAUUCAACAGAGACAACAGCAGAUGCACAAGAGAACGGUGGAAAUAAUAAUACAAAGACUAUUAGUCCAAAUGGACAUCAAGAUCACAAAAACAAUACGAUUGUAGAUGAAACAUAUUUUAAAUACUGUGAGGAUGGGACUGACGAGUCUAACUGCAAAUGUGUUGAUUAUGUCAGAUCACACAAUCCAAAAGCCGUUUGUGACGGAAUAACUGAUUGUCACGACUUAUCUGAUGAAGAAUGUGUUGCUCUUACAAACGGAAAAACUAUAAGUUUUGAUUCGGAUUCUCGGCCAGAACUCUCGAUGUCUGGAAUUAUUUCUAUUAACCACAACGGAAUAUGGAAACCUUACUGCCUAAACUCCACAAAGAAGGAACCGACUAUCGCCAGCAAUGUUUGUAAUAUAUUAGGAUUUGAAGAGUAUACAACCUACAAUAAUAUUUCAGUCGAAAAUGUCCCUCUUAGUACCAUUGCGAUCGAAGCGUCAAAUAAUGUAGAAAAACUGCCAGGGAUCGAUAAAGAACAUCACACGACAGUUGAAAACGGCACACAAUCAUUGAACAAAUCCGCUGACGAUAUCAGAAAUAAAACUUGUGGUGGAUUGUUCGUGAGGUGCUCAAAUGUUUCUCUAGAUAGUUCAGUGCAUAACGUUCAUCCAGAUAAUGUGAGUGACGAGGUUGAACUUUAUACGGCGCCUUGGAAUGCCGUAAUUUAUUGUGAUGGUAUAUAUAGAUGUAUGGGUGCUAUUCUAAAUUCGCAAUGGAUCGUUACGUCUGUCAAUUGCUUCAAGGGGAUUACCGAGCUUAAGUCUCACUACGUUGCUGUUCUACUAGGUAAAGGAAAAGGAACACUUCCUGUUAAAGGCCCACAUGAGCAAACCUUAAGAAUUGUGGAAAGUCAAAAUAUUCCGAAGACCGAUAUCGUUUUGCUUAGAACAGAAACGAAGAUUGUAUACAGCAGAUAUAUUAAACAUCUUCGGCUCAGUUUAAGGAGAGAUGGUAAUCGAAAAGAAAAAUGUGUGGCUAUUGGAUUACAUGACGACAAAGCCAAAUAUGAAUUCCUAUGGCCCAUUCAACAAUGCGAACCUGGUUUUAGGUGCUUCGAAACAAAACUGAAAACAGAAUGCAAAGACUCACGUGCUUGGAGCGGGACAAUAGUUUGCGAUUCUGGCAGUGGAUGGUACCCCGCAGCAGUAUAUUUCGAGAAAGAAGGAUUAUGUGGUUUGUCAUCAGUUCAGAAAUACACCAGUGUUCCCUAUCACAAACGAGAAAUGAGAAUCCUCAUGGAUCAAGUCUCCCUUAACACUGACGCACCUGAUUGUGAUGGAUUUAGAUGCGCAUUGGGUGAAUGCAUAAACAAAUCCAAAACAUGCAACGGAAUUCCUGAUUGUCGAGGAGAAGAGGAUGAAGAUUCGAGUUUAUGUUAUGAAAACGAACACCUAUGCCAUCUAUCGGGAGAAUGUGAAUGUGGACGUACAGAGCUAAAAUGCAAAAACAAAAAAUGUAUUCCAAAGAGCAACUUCUGCGACCGAAAAGAUGAUUGUGGUGACUUCAGCGAUGAACCAGACGUUUGCGACUGUCGCUCAUAUUUGGAACUAACAAGCCCAGAGAAACUUUGCGAUGGUGUAGUGCAUUUUAGAAGGUCAGAAAUUACAGUUAGAUCCAGCAAAUCACCAAAUGUGAACAUGUGCGUACCGAAUGAUAUGGUUUGUGAUGAAGUAGAAGAUUGUCCCAACGGAGAAGAUGAAAAAGUUUGUCGAAACAUUGUUACCGAGCACAAUGAGCCAUCAAAUGCAGGGGAGCUGGUUAGCAGUACAGGAGGAUUAUGGCAUCCUGGUUGUUUCAAGCAAAACUACACUAAAGAAGAACUGGUAAAGAUCUGUGACGAAUUGGCAUAUUUAGGAGGUACAGCAAAUCAACUGAAUCCUCCGAAAAGUGUACAUAAUAUAACAGCUCUGCGCCCCGUUAUAGACAGUUUUGAUAUGGUUUGGAUUCGGAGAGAAAAGAAUAACAGACUUAUGCUUGGCGUGAGAACUGGCAACGAACCAUAUGUCAGUUUUGUACCUGAUAACGAGUGUUUCAGAUUGUUUUUGGCAUGUUUAUGA